UGACUCAUUGCAGGUUAACCAUGAAGCUGUUGGCAGGGUUGCUCCGGCUGGAUGCAUUUUUAUACUUUAUAAAUCUAAUAACAGCCGCCCAGCCUUUUUUUGGAGGCGGCACGGACAGUUACCGCAGAAAGGUGUCCCUGGAGUUGAACCCGGAUCCCAGCGGCUCCUCCAAUGUCAGCGUGCUCCAUGUGCGUGCCGUCGGGGGCAACGACACGCUGCACUUCCUGUGGAGCAGCCUGGGGGUGCCCACGCUGCUGCUGGUGCACACGGACAGCCCAGAGACCCGGGUGCAGAUCGACUGGGCGCGCCUUUUGUCGGGCAACGCCUCGGGCAGCCUGACGGUGGAGCCAGCGAGCGCUGUGCAGUACUCCACCGCUUUCCUCUUCAGUAAGAUCUGGGAGUACAGCGAUGGCAGGAACAGUGCUGAUCAGUCCCAGGCGGCAGUGGACAGCUACUUCCCUCCUUACAGCUUGGAGGAGUUCACCUGGGAGGACUCGAAUCGAACCCUCAACCGCUCGGCCCUGACUGCGCAGCUCUGUGGGAGGAACCAGUCACAACACAGCGGGAGAGUCUGCUUCCAGAUCUCUGCCUUUGAGUCCUGGGGGCGUGACCCUGCCUGGCCCCGCCUCCUCCACAGUUCUAACUCCUCCCAGCUGCGCUUCGUGAUUGAAGGGGUCCCGCCCAGGUCAAACCGCUCCAGGUUCGCUCUAGAGCUGCUCUCGAUUGACAGCCGCGAUCACGAGGUGAGAGAGGAGACCCGCCGCUCCAUUGACGAUGAAUACACUCCCUCCAUAUUCCAGGUGUCUCGGCUGGUCUCGGUGCAUGCUAACAGCAGCGCCCCGGUGCUCAGCUAUGCUCAGUGGAAGCCUGUAGCGUACCGCACCGCCUCACCCGUGUUCGAGGACUCCACGCCCUGCCGGCACUCCCCCUGCACCCCCCUCCUGCAACCCCCUCGCCUGGGGCUCGCUCUGGCCUUCUUCGGGGGCGCCCUGGAUCAGGGGUACAGAGCCAGCGCUGUCAACAUCAGUUUCGGGGUCCCGGGAGAGCCUUACUACAACGCCACAGGCUACCUGAGCUGGUCGUGCCUGCUUGGUCUGGGCUCCCCCCCAGAGGACUCCUUCUCUCCGCUGGUCCUCGGCAUCAUGGCGGUGGGGCUCGGCACGCCCGCGCUGCUGCUGCUGGUGGGAGGGGCCUGCGUGUGUGGGCAGAGACUGAGGAGGCAGCAGCCCGGGUACGCACCAAUCAGCUGAGACCACACCCCUCUGGAAUACUGAUGCCAUGCCUGCAAACCUCCUCAGACCACUCCCCUCCCAAACCACUGUAUUAUUAAUGAGCUGCUAGUGUCUAACCCAAUCAGAAGAAACCUGGGAAGACGUGUUUCUGUAAAUUAUUAUUCUUAAGAAAUCUCCGAGCUGUGAUGUUUUUCUGUAGCACGCUGGGUGGCUGACAAAGCCCAACCCAUUCCAGCUCUUACUACAGGCUUGAUUAGCCCUAGUCUGUAGGUAACAGGCUUGGGCGUGCUAUUAAACUCUGUAAAACCUGGAAUGGAUCACACUGCCAUACAAUGGGAGUCUUUCAUCCCUACAUGCCAGAGCACCCUUUCACAAAAAAAGGAUGUACUGAGUCACCUGCAGGUUAACAUGUUGGUAAAAACAGGGGGUUUAACUUAGAAAUUGGAGCGUUUCAGCCAGUGCCUUUCACAUUGAGGGUGUUUGACGUUUACUCCCAGGUUCUGUACCUGACCUCACUCUUCCAGGGAAAGCUGCUGAAGUCACAACUAAUUCAACAGCAAACGGCAUUGUUAUUUUCAUGUGCAGUUCUCCCUCUUUAUUUAGCAGAUCAGAAAAACAUGAAAUGUUGAAGAGAGUGAAUUUGCGAAGGGCCAUUAUUUCAGAGAAAUGCAGGGCAUUUCCAAGGUACUGUCAACAUGGUAAUUCAGAGGCAGCGCUGCGAUUGGUGUUAAAACCCGUUUCAUAGCAAACUACUUGUUCUUUAUAUAUUUUCGUUGGUGCAGUUGAUUUCUCUGUGUCUCACUGCAAGGAUACUGUGCAUGCCUCCCACGCUGCACACACACACAACCACGCACGCACACAGAUUUGCGUCCGCGUUCCACACACACACUCGCACUCACUGUAGUCCAGUCUCUGGUUUCUUGGCACCGACGGAUUUUUGAUUCUCCAGCUCUUCAAUGAAACACACCUCUCCCCUCCCGUGUUUAACUUCAAGAUGUAAAUGAUUGUUUUAACACAGA